GUGACUCAGUGCUAUGCGUACUGUAUGCACAUACCUACGCUCUACACAAAUUGCCUGUACACCUGGACAGGAUCUGUGCUCUCACACACAGGUGGCAAGGAGGUUUACAUCAUCCUAUGCAUGGUCAUUCAGCUUGUGUGAUUGACUCGUGCCCCUUAUUGGUGGUGUGACCAAUGCGGCCAAAGAAUGGAUGACAGCGAGGACCUUCUGGAUCUCAGUUUCUUGACAGGAGACGAGCAGAGAGUUAUAACUCAGGUUCUGGAGCGAGACACACAGCUAAGGGAGAAGGACCAACAGCGAGUACAGAAACUGCGGUCAUCUCUUUCAGAUCCUCGAACAUUAAAAAGACUGUCUGGAGACUGGUUCAGUGAUGUCAGAGCAAGACGUCCAUGGGGUCAAGUUGGUGGAGUUGACAUAGUGAGGGCAUCAAUCAGGAGGAAGAAGAAAACCAGAGGUGAAUGGGACCAGAGCUGGGCUCAGGAUGACAAAGAACUGAAUGGAGAUUAUGACAGUGAGGAUUCUGAGGAGGAAGAAGCAAAAACAACGGUGAUAAGGAUUUCCAGUUUGCCUCUACAGCAAGAAUCCUCUGAUGAAGGUCAGGAGGGCAACUCAACCUCCAAAGAGGAAGAUAACAGUGAUACGCCAGAUGUUCCUAUGCGUCGUCGCAUACCUAGUGUUGGAGACCUGGGAAUGGAAGAGAUAAACUUAUCAUCUGAAGCUAUAACUGGGGAGGAAAACCAUACUGAAAAUGACUUGACUGUCAGUAAGGGCCCAGUAGGUGAAAGUGGACAUAGAAACCUUAACUACAGCCCAUCUGUGCCAACUCUCGGCAAUAAAUCUCUUUCUGGAAGCAUGAUGAGCCUAUUCAGUGCAGGAGAAAUCCGUUCUAUAGACGUUCAAGGCUGGAUCCAGUUCACUAUUCAAUAUGAUUCCUCCAAAAAGGAACUAAGGGUCCUGGUUAUACAAUGCAGGGAUCUGACACCAGCACAUAGCCAGACUUCUAAUCCGUAUGUGAAAUGUUAUUUGCUCCCUGAUAAAUCUGUUCAAGGCAAGAGGAAAACAAAGGUGAAGAAGAAAACUUUGGACCCCCUCUUUAACGAAACCCUUAAGUACAAGAUUGAGAGAUCAGAACUGCAAAGCCGUUUCUUAAACCUUUCUGUGUGGCAUCGUGGGUCACUAGCGAGGAACAUUUUCUUGGGGGAAGUAGAACUGGAACUUGCAACUUGGGACUGGAGUCAAACUCAGCCAGCAUGGCAUACUCUUCAGCCAAGAACACCUUUAUCACCAGAGUUUUUAUAUAGUCGAGGAAAGCUUAAUUUGGCUGCAAAAUUCAUUCCUCAGGGCACUGAUGGUUUAGGACUUCCACCCUCUGGAGAACUGCAUAUUUGGGUAAAGGAGGCACAGCAGCUUGUUCCUCAUAAAGCUGGAAAUAUCAGUUCAUUCGUAAAAUGCUGUGUACUUCCAGAUGACAGUCCAUCGAGUAUUCAGCGCACACGAGUAGUUCUACGUAGUUUACGGCCAAUGUACAAUCACACCAUGGUAUAUGAUGGUUUUCGGAUGGAGGACCUGACUGAAGCAUGUGUAGAAUUCACAGUCUGGGAUCAAGGAACUAUAUCCAAUCGACCCCUUGGAGGAAUUCGUCUCAGUACUGGCCGAGGAAGCAGUUAUGAUGUUCCAGUCAGCUGGAUGGACUCUACAGAACAGGAAAAAACAUUCUGGGAGACAGUUAUAAAAAAUCCAGGAGAGUGGUCAGAAGUGACGCUGCCAUUAAGACAGAAUCUAACCCCACGCUGAUAAUAUUUCACGAGACCUACUUUGACCUCAGCUAAUAAAUGUAAGCUGGCCAUAGACUUUAGAUAACUGCCAGAGUAGAGUUCCUCAGCUUGCUACUAUCACACCCGAUCCACAUCCCCUCCCCCAGCAACAAGCAUGAUUGGAUUGGCUGAAGUUCAUGGAGGAACGAGAACGGAGCGGGGGAGACAUGAUUCGGUUAAAGCCAACAAAGCUAAUCCUCUAUUUUCCCUGCAGGGAACAGAAUCUACUUAUUUCAAUUUGCUUUAGCUUUCUGUCUGAUCCUGUGAAAAUAGGACCCGUGGACUAAAACUUGUGUGUGGACACCUUUACUCAUUUCCCACAACUAAAUAUAGAUUUAAAGGGAAUAUGUCACAUUGUAAAUGGUGUCUGAUAUGCAGCCAGCAUAUUAUAGAUCUGCGCAGAUUGAUAUACAAUUUUGUGUGGGGGGGGGGGGGAAUUAAUAUGAGUAGUUUUUUAUUUAUUUAAAUCCCUGAACUUUCUAUGCUUUGGAGUCCAGUGGGUGGUCCUACGCAGUGAUUGACAGUCUUCCCUGUAUGACUGUGCAUAAAAAUUGAUGUCGGUCAUAAAGUGGGACCACCUACUGGUGUCUUAAAGCAUAGAAAGAGCAGGGAUUUAAAUGAUUACCGUAUUUUUUGCCACAUAAGACGCACUUUUUCACCCCCCAAAGUGGGAGGAAAAUGUCCCUGCGUCUUAUUGGGUGAAUACUAAUAAG